AACAGAAUAUCACCAGGUUGCCUGGUUUACCGAUGAAAGAGGGUCGGGUACACAUCGUCAACGAUGUUAGUGAUAUUAUUAAGCCUGCUAGGAUGACCCUAUUACUUGGUCCUCCAGGAUGCGGGAAGACUACAUUCUUGAAAGCUUUAUCUGGAAACUUGGACAAAUCGCUCAAGGUAACUGGAGAGGUAACAUACAAUGGAUAUAAGCUCGGGGAAUUUGUGCCACAUAAAACAUCAUCUUACAUUAGCCAAUAUGAUAUGCAUGUUCCCGAAAUGACUGUCAGAGAAACAAUCGAUUUCUCGUCUGAGUGCCAGGGUGUUGGCAGCAGACCAGAAAUAUUGGCCGAGGUCAUGAGGCGUGAGAAAGCAGCAGGAAUCGUUCCUGAUGCACAGAUAGGUUCAUAUAUGAAGGCAAUUUCCGUUCGAGGACAAAAGACUACUCUUCAGACCGAUUACAUAUUGAAAAUCCUAGGCCUUGAUAUCUGUGCCGAUACACCCAUUGCAUGCAUCUCUGGUGGUCAGAAGAAAAGACUCACAACAGGAGAUUUGCGCAGCCGAGAUGAUGGUGGGACCCACAAGUGCUUUAUUCAUGGACGAGAUCUCGAAUGGCCUGGACAGCUUGACCACAUGGCACACAUCACGGAUGCCACUAUUGUUGUCUCACUCCUUCAGCCGGCCCCCGAGACAUUUGAUCUCUUUGACGACGUGAUGUUGAUGGCUGAGGGCAAAAUCAUCUACCACGGUCCCAAGCAAGAUGUUGUAGAGUUUUUCACAAGUUGUGGAUACAACUGCCCCGAGAGUAAAGGGGUUAUCUCGAGAAAGGAUCAGGUGCAAUACUGGCAUAAGUCCCAGCACCCUUACAGUUACGUGUCGAUUGACGUUUUUGCCGAAAAAUAUAAAGAGUCAAUUCACGGGAAGAGGGUAGCGGAGGAACUCUCUGUGCCUUUUGAUAAGUCGAUGGGCCAUGAGAAUGCAAUUAGUUUCCACACACACUCUCUGUCCAAAUGGACACUAUUCAAGGCAUGCAUGUACCGGGAGUACCUUUUAGUAAAAAAGAAUUUGUUCGUGUACUUAUGCAAAUCUAUUCAGCUCGUCAUCAUUGCAGUUGUGAGCAUGACUCUGUUUGUGAGGACAGAGAUGGGGGUGGACCCCGUGCAUGCCAACAGCUACAUGGGAGCUCUGUUUUACUCCCUUUUGGUCUUUAUAGUUAAUGGCAUACCAUACCUCUCCAUGAUGGUUGCCAAGGUUCCAGUUUUCUACAAACAGCGAAACUUGUACUCUUUCCCAGCAUGGGCAUAUGCAGUCCCUGCAACCAUCAUCAAUAUUCCUUUCUCGUUGUUCAGUGCCGUUGUGUGGACAUCUCUUACUUACUACGUCAUUGGGUACAGCCCAGAGGCCGGCAGGUUUUUUCGAUGCAUGAUUCUGAUGUUUGGUGUGCACAUAUCUUCGAUUUCUAUGUUCCAUCUCUUGGCAUCUGUGUUCCUGUCGUUGGUUUUGUCCUCCAUGGCUGGAAACUCUAAUUUGAUAGACAUUGCAUUUUUCACAAACUCGAUGCCAGAUUGGUUGAAAUGGGCCUUUUGGUUGUCGCCUAUAUCUUAUGCGGAGAUUGGCCUUUCAAUUAAUGAAUUUCUAUCUCCAAGGUGGCAAAACGCACUGUCCGAAAAUACGACUGUAGGACGUUUGACACUUCAAAACCGAGGGCUGAACUUCGGGAGAAAUCUUUAUUGGAUAUCAGUUGGUGCUUUGUUUGGACUUGCAGUGCUCUACAACGUUGGUUUCACGCUCGCGUUGACUUUUUUAAAACGUAAGAGCUUUUACUCAAGUGUGCUCUGCCUCCGCUUCUCAACACAUGCAACAGCCAUUGGUUCUCGUGCCAUCAUCUCGAAAGACCGACAUUCCAAGGAGCAAGGAAAUAAGGAACUUGAAAACAACAGCCCCAAAGAAGAACAUAAUAGUGAUACUUCUCGUAGAGAUGGAUUGGUUUUACCUUUUGAACCCUUGACCAUGGUGUUUCAGGACGUGCAGUAUUAUAUCGAGACCAAAAAUCUGCAGCUUCUUCAUGACAUCAGCGGCACAUUCCAGCCUGGCGUCCUCAUAGCUCUAAUGGACAUCAGUGGGGCCGGGAAAACGACACUUCUAGAUGUGCUCUCUGGAAGAAAAACCAGUGGCAUUGUAGAAGGUGAAGUAAGAGUCGGAGGGUACCCGAAGGUUCAGAACACAUUUGCCAGGAUCUCGGGUUACUGUGAACAAAACUACAUUCAUUCCCCUGAAAUUACCGUCCACGAAUCCCUUAUUUUCUCCGCAUGGCUGCGCCUUGAUCCUCAAAUUGAUUCCAACAGGAAAUACGAAUUUGUGAAGCAAGUCCUGGAGACCAUCGAGCUAGAGGGGAUUAAGGAUGCAUUAGUGGGCACGCCAGGAGCGGAUGGCUUGUCGACCGAGCAACGCAAGCGGCUCACAAUAGUUGUGAAGCUUGUGGCUAACCCAUCGAUUAUUUUCAUGGACGAGCCCACGACUGGGCUGGACGCAAGGACUGCAUCUGUUGUCAUGCGGACAGUGAAGAACGUGGCCAACACCGGAAGAACCAUCGUCUGUACCAUUCACCAGCCGAGUAUCGAUGUAUUUGAGACGUUCGAUGAGGGAAUAUCGGGUGUGCCAAGGAUACAAGCUAACUACAAUCCAGCAACAUGGAUGUUGGAGAUCACUUCCGUUUCAUCAGAAGCCAAACUCGGCUUAGACUUUGCAGACAUUUACAAAAACUCUAGUUUACACAAAGUUAACAAAGAUCUCGGACAGAAGCUGAGUAUUCCGCCACCCGGUUCGAAGGACUUGCAUUUUGAGAGACCUUAUGCACAAAACAGCUGGGGACAGUUCAAAAGCUGCCUUUGGAAGCAGCACUUUUCCUACUGGAGAAGCCCUUCGUACAACUUGAUGCGAUCCCUUCAUAUGCUUUUCUCGUCUUUUCUUUUCGGCAUCCUAUUCUGGAAUCAAGGCCAAAAGAUGUGAGUAGACUGUCCCAAGAAAAAAAAAACAAAUAUAGUAUUAAACGGUUGUUGACCUUUUAAUAUAUUCAUUUGUUUAUGUGUUAGAACAUGAAGGUACUUUG